GGAACCCCAGCAUCGCGUGUGUGAACUGACGGUAGAACCUAUCAAAUAUUAUCCCGUUCUCGUCAGUGUCUUUCCGAAAUGCCGGGUACCCCCGGCUUCACAGGGCUAAAAACUAGCGACACUGUAUUAGCUCUCAUUCGCGAAAUACAUGUUGUAAUUACCGGUUAGAAAAUGAGUUUUUUAAAUGUGACCUCGCGUUAAAGGAUUAAACAUCGGCACACUGCGUUUUUCUCUGUAAUCAUGGGGAAAUUAUUCUUCUCUGCAGCGCUCUGCGCUGCAACGGAAUGGGAGCUGGAUGAAUUGAAAGUGGAACGUGGAUACAGGCUGAUGGGCAAGGAACAACAUGAGGAAUAGAAGCCUGCAUUGACCUGAUACAAUGCUCAGCGCCAGCAUGACCUACAUAGCACAGAGCUUAAUGGACGCUCCUUAGGACUUCUCUGCUGUAUGGAUUCACUAGACGUCUAGGAAUUGACGUCCUCUUCAACCUUGCAACACACUAACAAGUGACCUUCAUUAUUUGCUGCUGUAAAACUAUGCAUAACAAGACACGUUAAUGACUGAACAAAGAGAAUCAUCCACGCAGCCCAUGUCCUAUGCAAAAUAAGGGAACAAGAAAAACACAGUGAAAAACAUUGGGUGUUGGAUGUAUUGCUGACCUUUUGGUCUGAAGUCAGGAGGGAAACUAAAAGGAAAAAUCAACCAAGCAGGUGGCCUGAGGCUUGUGGAUACUACACUCUCCCUGCAGUUUUAUCUCAGUGUCGUGCCAGCCAAUACACCAGCUCUGCUCUUUGGAUUAGUGUACAGCUCACGAGGACUGCAGUGAAGACAGAUCAAAGGUCCAAAUUAGAGCAGGUCUGAACGGUCUUUUCAAGCCAGAUCAGCCUACAGAUGCCUUAUCUACUCGUAAGUGUGAGACUGUGUGGUUGUGAUCAGUAAUUAUGCUGUGAUCAGUAAUAAACCCAAGAGCCAAGUAAUAAAAACUGAAGUGCUUUGCAGGAAAAGUAAGAUCCAGAAAGACUUUUUUGGCCGCCAUCAACACAAACUGUUUCCAUUAUGCUUCUGAACUGUGGUCAGCCGUUACCUCUUCUAAGGCAUACAGACGUGCCACCUCGGGUCAUUGAGAACUUCAUCCUGACUGGCUAUCGAUUCCCAAACUACAGCCUGAGGGAUUGCUUACUAUCAGCAUUCAGGCCCACCAAUGAAACAGGCAACUUCUGGACACACUUCCUCCCGGUUUUCAUUUUUUCAUACUAUUUUGUGGAGGUAUUUGGUUGGGAAGGUGCACCAUAUGGUGAUGCUCCAUUCUUCUAUCCAUUGUGGAACUACUUUAUUGGGGUGUUCUGUCUGCUAAUGGCUAGCAGCAUGGCUCACUUGCUCAAUUCAAUGUCUCUGGUGGUUAGAGAAGUCUGCUUCUUCGUGGAUUAUGGCACAAUCAGCGCCUACACGGUUGGCUCAUCUUUAGCUUACUACUACUACAUCCACCCUCGGGCAGGGAUAGUUGAGACAGGAGGUCACAAUGACUCCUAUAUGAACUUGGAAUAUGAACCUGCAGGGGCUUUUACAGCAUCCUAUGCAAUCCCAGACUUCAGUGUGUUCUUUGAGACAUUCUACAUCCCAUCUGCAUGUGUUGUAGCCAUCAUUUGCGUCUUGUCUUGCUGCAAUACGCGCCAGAGGUGGAGGAAGCAUCGCUAUGUCAUCCGAACACUUGUUUUUCUCCUCCCAUUCCUCGUUUCUUCCACCCCAGUCUUCUACCGCCUUCUCACCAGAUCACCAUAUUCCAACAUGUCCUCCUCCUUUGCUGCUUCCACCUCCACCCCCAGCUUCUUCUAUCGUCACUGCCUCUGGUUGCUGGUAUCAGCUGUUUUCAACAUCAGCAAGUUGCCUGAGCGGCUAGCCCCGGGUCGCUUCGACAUCUGGGGGCACAGCCACCAGUGGUUUCACUGUUGCACGUUUUUGUCCAUCCUCGAUGAACUCCACAUGAUCAAGGCUGAGAUGAGGGCAAUCUUGCUCAGCCCGACUCUGCUGCUGCCCCAUGCUACCUUCUCCCACUUACCUGGACCUACCAUAGCUUCCACCUACGGUGUGAUGCUCCUCCUCCAGACCACCAUCAUCUCCAUCAUUAUGUGGUUCUCCUGGCGUGCCAAUUGCAUCUACGGACCCCAGAGAGACCAGCUAGCAAAAGAACACCACAAGAAACACCUGAAAUGUCAUUGAUUACGAAGACAUUUUUUUAAAUCUUCCUGACUGUGAAAGAAGAUUUGCACAUGCAUAUAGAGCCAUACCACAAAGAGAAGCGCACAAGUAAAACAAUAUUUCCCUUUCAAUUUCAAGUCUGUUGUAUGUUCCAGGCCCUUUGAGAGCAUUUUACAAGCUUUCAUAGGGGAAAAUUGGGGACAGCAAGAGAUAAAAGGACUAAAUUCUAAGCUCACCACAGGGUGGCUGUCUGGUUGUGGAUAUUGAAAGAACUUGCCAGUUCUCUCCCCCAAGCUGUUCCAGCAUGUUCCAACAGGAUGUCUGGUGAUAAUUACUACCUCUAGGGACAGCACACUUGAGGACAGAGAAAAGUGGUUGGUACCCAGGAGAACACAAGUUCCAUAUAACAUCUGGGUAACAUUUGACUUAAACAUCAGUGUGACCAUAUGUGUAUUCUUUUGUCAAAUAUUUCCCUGUUGCACUUCCCCUUCCUUGGACUGAAAAUGCACCUUCCAACAUUUUUCUGCUGUGGUUGAACCCAUUGUUUCACACUGAAUGACCUUCAUUCACCAUAGCGUCUCUUCCUCUAACUUACAUGAACACUGACUCUUAGUCUCAUUUCCUCUCCCUUGUCAAGUGACCCUUUUAGCAGGAAGUGCUGUGGCCUUGACAAUGCAACAGAAAUAGCCGAGGGCUCAUUUCAGUCAUACAGGAAAGCACUUUUAGGGGGAUGGUGGAACUUGCCCUGUCAUUAAGAAGCCAUGCUUGCUUUUCAUCUUGAAGGACGUGUAACAUGGAGCAUACAAUGAUGUCCCCCUGAAGUGUGCUGUUGCUUACUUAAAUUUGAAAUGUAUUCACAGUGGAAUAGAAUGAAUAGAGUACAUUUGCUAUGUGUAUGAUUUUCAUUACACUGAUGACGAGUACCCUAUAGAUUAUUCACACACAACCAGAGUACUCUAGUUGAGAUUAAAUGUGAUUUACAUCCCAUAUUUUAUAAUCAGUACAAAAAGUGCACAGGAUUUGUCUGGAGCACACUUUGUAGCUGCAUAUCUUUUUUUACUGAUGGCUCAUGUUAGUUGUUACAUUGUUAGUUGUUAAAAAAAAAAAAAAAAAAAGAUAAUCAGACCGCCAGCUUAAAGGCCUGCAUUGUGAACACGGAUGAAAUGAGGAUGAAACCAGAGGCUGCUUUUAACAGAUCCUUUUCAUGUCAUGUGAUGUACAGCAACUUGUCAGGGCAAAAAUAUAGCAAGUUAUAGUUGGACUAAUUGCAAUAUUUUAGUUGUACUACAUUAUCAGGAACAUCCUAGAUAGAUAAAUAGCUAGAAACAGCUGACAGAUCAGUUUAGUUGUUCAUUUAGCAGUUUGCCUUUCAUAAAGUAUCAUUACAUUUGAGUCACAGAGUUAAGCCUCCAUUUUUGUGAAAAAUAUACACCUAACAACACUGUUUCGAGUUUAUGCCCAUAAUCUUCAAUAACUCAAGUACAGCGUCCUUGAAAUCCCCCAAAGAUUUUCCACUUAAUCUUUAGCAGACAAUUAUCUGGACAUUCUGGUGAACGGGAUUAAAUGUCUGCAUUUUCAAAAAUCACUGGUUAUAUUUCAUUUCAGAAGAGUGGAGUAUAAUGGUAAUUAGAGGCCCUUAAACCGGAGUUCACCAUGUAGAUUCAAUGCCUACAUUAGCGUUAACGUUAGCAUCUCUUAAUCCUACUUUUCAAGGCAAUGUUUAGCUUUAUUGUUAGCAACUAGUUCUAUUUUUUAAGGACCAUAUCCUGUCGUUACUCCUCUUUUUUUUUAAAGAAUUUUGCAAUACGACUCAAAUCUAACUGGCCCCAUUUUGUUGUGUAAAACUGAAAACUUUCUCUCUGCUAACUGUCUGUCAUGUUUGUAGUAGACAUGUAAUUUAGGAAAAGAGACACGGGAGUGUAACAGAUGUGUCACAUUAGCCUGAUGGAUAAAAAGAUGCAAAAAUAUAGCCUUUUAGAGCAGAACUUUAUAAUAUCCAGACCCAAAAGAAAACAGUUAUAACUGCCUGACACAUACUUAUGUGAAUGAUAGACAUUCAUAGAUUUGUUUAGUUUGACAGCAGGCAUUUUUAGUUCUCCCAGUCACAUUUAGUUGCAGGUUCAGAUCUUUUCAGUAAACUCUGUAUUUUUGUCUUCAAUAAAAAAAAUCCUUGUGUCCAAGACCCCACCUGCUGAAGUAUCCAUGAACAAGACAUGUAGUGCUGCAGUGAACCCGAGCCUGAGGCAAGAUGAGGCAAGAGAAAAUAAGUUCGACAGACAAUUAUAAAAAAAACAAUUCCUUUAUUUUGAGUUAAUUUGCACACUGAAAUAGGGUUAAUUUGCACAUUGACCAUAGCUGUCAGUGCCCCAUAGAAUAAUAAUUGUGUUCUUAAAAGUGUGUCUUCUCUGUCUUCAUGCUAUUCUGUUAUGAGUUUAGUGAGUUUGUCCUGUCUCAGAGUUGCAUCUUAAAUUGUAAGCUCUUUCUUGUACGUCACACUACAUGUAGAUAACUCAUGUUGGUCACUGUCUAAUUUUAGAAAUGUUGUGAUUACCAUUGUAUUAAUUCAACUCAUGUCUAUACAUUUACUUGUGUGUUGAUGUAUUCACUUACACAAGAGAAAAUCGAUUAGAGCUGUUAAUCAUAUACGACACUGGAAUGAGUACAUGAGAAACAUGUUGAGACGUUGUGAUAAUCAUGCUGUUAUGAUGCACUUUAAAGCUUCUUUAAAGCUCCUCAAAAUAUUCCUUUAAGGAUCAACCCCACAAUACUGUAUUAUUUCAGCACGUCAGCUUCAGGUAGUGCUAUCUAAUAAAUAGUGGGAGAUUCUUCAGAUAA